UUACUGAGGAGUUGGCAACACUGGUCUACGGUCGAUUAAGUGAUGCGGAAAGAAAAAAAAAUCAAAACAAAUCUGCUGCCUAGCAACUACGGAGCCCAUACAAAGUACAACAACCUACUCGCAGCGUCAACAUGAAACCUGCUCAAGUCCGCGAAAAUACCUCAGAGUGUGAAUACAACUAUAAGAAAUGCCUCAAACUGUGCGGGAUGUGUCCCUCUUGCGUCUUUGCACCAAAACCGCCGGGUUCCACUCAGCUUCAGUGGAAGGUUUCGAACGAGUUCAAGAGGAAAUUCGCGGUGGCGUUGCUUUUAAGAUGUAAAGACGAACACCUCCUCGAAAACAUCCAGAGACAGUUGAGUGUUACGUCGUGGGGGUGGUUCAAGUACGCCAGGUCAAGAAGCCCAAUUUCGCCCCGUGAAUACCCCACGAACAGCCCACCCACAAAGUGUGAUGGAAAACCUCUGGGCAUGGACACGGAUGAAAUCUGGAGGUGGUUCAACUGCAGCCCAGCUUGGAUGAAGUCGUGUUAUCUCUCCCGAAUUUUUUCUCUGUGCGAUAUUGAGCUUUUGCGCAUGCUCUGUAACCUAACCAGCGUGCUUCUGGUCAGACAGAAACGAGGCUUUCGGCCAUUUGGUGUGAGUAAUCCCAAUAAAAAUAAACGUGCCCUGGACACAGAACAUCCUGCUCUCAUGGUGGUUCCUGGAUCUUCCAAGUCCGUGUCUGGAGUUAGCCAGUAUAAAGACUUCAUUAGUUUUCUACCCGUCGAUCUGUCCAAAAGGAUUUUAGGUCUCCUACAGGAGCAAACUCUGAGACGAUGCAGGCGGGUUUGCCGGUGCUGGAAGCAGCUUUCAGAGGAAACCAUUCAGGAGAUGAAGUUCAGAAAGAUUUUUCAGGAACAAAUACAGACCAUUGUGGAGGGCUGCUGUAGCAAUGAUAAAGUCAGUCCCACUUACGCCAACAUUGUUGAACUCACAGUACCGGUAAGGGAUGAUGAGGAGGAGGAUGGUCAUCCUGCUGAGCAGAGGGUCAAGCCAUUUGCUAACGCCAAAAUCAAAACUAAAACGGUUCAAAUGGAAGAGCGAAAUGUUUACUGCGGCGGAUAUUUCACCAAAACGCUGCUGGACGAGGAGGACUCUCAGCGGGUGUUGGACUACAGAGGCGGGCCGCUGAUGGCCACGGGCUUAAAGGACCGUUUGGUGCACCUGCUUUACAUGGCGUCCGGGAUCAAAACGGUGGCGUCGCUGAGAGGACACGUCGGCAGCAUCCGGGCCGUGCUGCUCUGCGAGGACAGAGAUCUGCUCCUGUCUGCGGGCUGUGAUGCCAGCAUCAGGGGUUGGAGUUUGAAGACAUACAGGUGUGAGAUGGUACUUUAUGGACACACUGACACCGUCAACUGUCUGGACAUCCAUGAUGAUAAGAUUGUCUCAGGAUCUAAAGAUCAUACAGUAAAAGUGUGGAGUCUACAGACAUGGAGACCUUUUAAGAAUUUGAAUUUCAAGCACCAAAGUUCUGUCCACUGUGUAAAGAUCGACAAAAGAACGGUGUAUAGCAGCUGUGGCCGAGGCGUGGUCAAAAUAUGGAGCAUGGAGACGGCAUCUCUGCUCAGGACGAUUGAUGGCCACAAAAGCUCGGUGAAAUGUUUGUUUUUCAACGAAUGGUACCUUCUUUCUGGGGACUCCAGUGGGAAAGUCAUGGCAUGGAGUGUCAGCUGUGAUACUGAAGAGUGUCUCAAAACUUUCAAUCACCCAUCUGAAGUAAGAUCUCUGACCCUCAUGUACCUCCGAGUUGUUACUGGCUGUGCUGAUGGAAAAAUUCGCAUAUUCAAUUUCCUCACUGGAGAUUGUUUGAGAGAAAUGAUAGCAGAGUCCGAAUCAAGCAGCAUAAUGUCUCUACACUUUUAUGACCAGAGUAUAUUAGUGAACACCACCUGCAGUGUGUUGCUCUUACAGUUUGCCAAAGUGUUUUGGGAUUACACAGGCUCAACCCAGAAGAACCGCAUGAAGGUGGUAGAUCAAGAUAGUUUGAUUUUUGAGUCACCCAAGAGAGCUCAGAGUUCAAACCAGUUCAGAAAGUCCGGAAAGUCUUGCGUGAGCAUAGGGGGAGGCGACAUGAUUUCAAACACACAAAAGAUUCAGAAACACACGUUGAAAUCACAAAUAAAGCCUACCAUUACUAAAUCUCAAACAAAAGAAUGUGCGCAGAGCGAGAAAGCUCUCCUGUCACUGAUGCAAAGUGAAAAGGCCACCGGUGAACGGAUGAAAAAGAGAGGGCCUCACCACCGUCUGUCUCGGGACUCCAUCCUCCUCCGGGUCGGCGCCAUGCAGAGGAUGUUACGCAUGGACGAAGUCAGCAUCAACAUGGAGAGCAACGCGAGGCUGCGGGACUCCUGGGGUCCUCCAGAUGCCCAAAAACAGCAGGCCCAGACCCAGCUGCCGCUCGCCCACGGUGGCCGUCACAGGAGGCCCAAUACCUGUGUCCCCAUUCUGAAGAAGGCGUCCAGGGAAAACGGGACGAGCACAGCUCGAACCAGAGACGUUUCCACUGCCCCGGACGCAGCAAAAAGAUACUUUCCGAUCAAGAGAGCACAUUCCCGCAGUGAAGAUGCCAAAGCGGGGCUUCAGAUACCCAAUCCAAAACCCAGUUUGCCAGCUUUGCACCCCUUCGGGGGGUGGGAGGAGAAGAGCCCCCAAUGUGCAUCAGAAAAUGAGUUAUUACAUGAGUAAAAGCAUGAAAAAUUCAUGAUGUCUUUCACCACUGUACCACUGUGAUGGUUUGAAAGUCUUUUUUGGAGCAAAAUGUUUGUUUUAAAAUGUGUAUGUUACAUUAAAAAUACACUAGGGGUCAGUAUUGAACCAUCUGUUG